AUAUAUACACACAUCCAAAUAAUAAUACAAUAUGGCUGUUGGUAAGAACAAGAGACUCUCCAAGGGUAAGAAGGGUUUGAAGAAGAAGGUCGUUGACCCUUUCACCAGAAAGGACUGGUUCGACAUUAAGGCUCCUUCCACUUUCGAAAACAGAGCCGUCGGUAAGACUUUGAUCAACAGAUCUACCGGUUUGAAGAACGCCGCUGAUGGUUUGAAGGGCCGUGUCGUCGAAGUUUGUCUUGCUGACUUGCAAGGUUCCGAAGACCACUCCUACAGAAAGGUCAAGUUGAGAGUUGACGAAGUCCAAGGUAAGAACUUGUUGACCAACUUCCACGGUAUUGACUUCACCACUGACAAAUUGAGAUCUUUGGUUAGAAAGUGGCAAUCUUUGGUUGAAGCCAACGUCACCGUUAAGACCUCUGACGACUACGUCUUGAGAAUCUUCGCCAUUGCCUUCACCAAGAGACAAGCCAACCAAAUCAGAAAGACUACCUACGCUCAAUCUUCCAAGUUGAGAGAAGUUAGAAAGAAGAUGAUUGAAAUCAUGCAAAGAGAAGUUUCUAACUGUACUUUGGCUCAAUUAACCUCCAAGUUGAUUCCAGAAGUCAUUGGACGUGAAAUCGAAAAGUCUACCCAAACCAUCUUCCCAUUGCAAAAUGUCCACAUCAGAAAGGUCAAGUUGUUGAAGCAACCAAAGUUCGACUUGGGUGCUUUGUUAGCUUUGCACGGUGAAGGUUCUACCGAAGAAAAGGGUAAGAAGGUUUCUGCUGGUGGUUUCAAGGAUGUUGUUUUGGAAACUGUCUAAGCAUACCAUUCUCCAUAUAACUCAAAUUAUUAAAACAUUACGGGUUAGUUAUUGUUAAGCAAUAGCUAACUUUAAAUCAUAC